AUGAUGGAGUAUUGGAGACAGUGCGCGCUGUGGUUGAUCAACUGCAAGGUGCUUCCAGCAAAUCAUCGGGUUACGUGGGAGACUGCGCAAGUAUUCGACUUGGCCCAAACCUUGCGAGAUGGGGUGCUUCUCUGCCACCUCCUCAACAACCUCAAGGCCCACUCUAUCAACCUGAAGGAGAUCAACCUGCGACCUCAAAUGUCACAGUUCCUGUGCCUGAAGAACAUCAGGACCUUUCUGGCGGCAUGCAAUGACAUAUUUGGCAUGAAGAAAAGUGAGCUGUUUGAGGCUUUUGACCUUUUUGAUGUCAGGGAUUUUGGAAAGGUGAUGGACACACUUUCUAAGCUUUCUCACACACCGACUGCACAACAAACUGGAAUCAGGUCUUUCCCUACUGAAGAAAGUGUUGAAGAUGAGGACAUCUACAACCACCUUGAGGACUUAAUAGAUGAGAACGGGGUGGAAGAUGAGGAGGAUCUGUAUGACUGUGUGUAUGAUGAUGAAGAGGGCGGCGAAAUCUACGAGGACCUUAUGAAAACGGACGCUCUCGUUCCCCAGGUGUUCCAAAAACAGGCAGAGAUUGACAUCAGGAGCUGCUGUUUGACAGAGAUCAAGCAGACAGAAGAGAAAUUUUCUGACACACUGGAUUCUAUAGAAAAGAACUUUAUGACGCCUCUCACUGUGUUUUUAUCCACGGCCGAGAUGGAAAAAGUGUUUGUGAAUAUUCCGGACCUGGUGAAAGUUCACAAAUGUUUACUGCAGGAAAUUCAAGACUCUGUCCAACACAGAAGUGCCCAAAAUCUUCACCAGAUCUUUAUUGCUUUCAAAGAAAGACAUUUUUUUUUGGGUCUACUGUUUCACAUUUUGUCACCUCUGUUUUUUCUAAUUAGAUUGCUAAUCUAUGGGAAAUACUGCAGCGAUGUGGAAACAGCAAUUGCCACUCUAGACAGCAUAUGCAAAGACAGAGAGGACGUACGGAUGAAACUUGAGGAGUGUUCUAAAAGAGCCAAUUAUGGUAAAUUCACUUUAAGGGAUUUGCUGGUGGUUCCCAUGCAGCGGGUCUUGAAGUACCACCUCCUUUUGCAGGAGCUCGUUAAGCACACUCAUGAUGCCACAGACAAGAGCAACCUGCGGAAGGCAUUAGAUGCCAUGAAGGACUUGGCCCAGUAUGUCAAUGAAGUCAAGAGAGACAAUGAGACGCUGCGUGAAAUAGAUCAAUAUCAAAAAUCCAUUGAAAACCUGAAUCAGCCUCUGAGUAACUACGGGCGACCCAAAGGUGACGGUGAAGUACGGGUGGCCUCAGUUGACAAACGUGCUAAACAGGACCGGCAUAUCUUCUUGUUCGAUGCUGCUGUUAUUGUUUGUAAGCGACGAGGAGAUAACUACGAGAUGAAAGAUGUGAUAGACCUGCACCUCUUUAAGAUCACGAACAACCCCACAUCAGAUCGGGAGAACCGAAAGUGGUCCUACGGAUUCUACCUCACUCAUAACCAGGGCCAGAAUGGCUUUGAGUUCUUCUUUAAGACCAAAGAGCUGAAAAAAAAGUGGCUGGAGCAGUUUGGCAUGGCCAUAUCCAAUAUUCAUCCUGAGCAUGCAACAAACAAUUUCCACGAGUUUCAUAUGCAUACUUUUGAAAGAAUUACCUCCUGCAAUUCUUGCCACAUGCUACUGAGGGGCAUAUUUAACCAGGGCUACCUAUGCUCUAAGUGCGGUCUAGGCGCUCAUAAAGAAUGCCUUGGCCGCCUGGGCUGCUGUGGGAAAACAGAUCCCGGCUCCAUCAGAACUCAGAUCAAAGACCGAGAUCCAGGUCUGCCCAAGAUGAUGGUGAUCAGAAACUACUUUGGUGUGCCCAGCCCUACUUCUGGUCCAGCCCUCAGCAUCCAGACGGGUGACAUCAUCGAAUUAAUCUGUGCCGACCUUCACAGCCCCUGGUGGCAGGGCAAAAUCCUGUCAACAAAAGAAGUUGGCUUCUUUCCAAGCGACGCUGUGAAACCAUGCCCAUGUGUCCCAAAGCCCAUUGAUUACUCCUCUCAACCAUGGUUUGCGGGACCAAUGGAACGACUUCAGGCAGAGGCAGAACUCAUCAACCGGAUCAACAGCACCUACCUUGUCCGCCAUCGCAGCAGAGAGUACACAGAGUACGCCAUCAGCAUUAAGUACAACAACGACGUGAAGCACAUAAAGAUCCUGACCAAGGAGGGCUGCUUCCACAUCGCAGAGAAUAAGAAGUUCAGGAGUCUGUUUGAGCUGAUUGAGUACUACAAACAGCACUCUCUAAAAGAAGGUUUUAGGAGUCUGGACACCACUCUGUUGUACCCAUACCGCAACCUGGAGAAUUCUGCAAUGCAUCGUCUCAACCGUUCUGGUGGCAGCAUGUUUACUCCGAAAGUGAUUGGCGUUGCCAUCGCGCGGUACGAUUUCAGUUCACGUGACACACGAGAGCUAUCGCUGCAGGAGGGUGACGUGGUGAAGAUUUACACCAAGUCCGGUGCCAACGGGUGGUGGAGGGGCGAGGUCAAUGGAAGGAUUGGCUGGUUUCCAUCCACCUACGUAGAGGAAGGCGAGUAG